AUGUUUGAAUCUCUUUUUAAUCUUAUUAAAUUUUUUACUGGACAGUCACCAAAAUUUAAACAUAUUCAUAGAAGCAGUUGGAGCUGUAUAAUUGGUGAUUUAGAUAUAGCACAAAUAAUUGGAUUAGGUGAAAUAUUAACUUCAAUUGAUAGUUCAUAUAAGAUAGAAUCUUUAUUAACAGCAAUAGCUAAGAAAGUAGAUUUUAUUUUUAAAAAAUUAUCAAUAUAUGAAAAUAUUAUUGAUUGGGUUCAAUUUUAUCAAAAACCAUAUAUUAUUGCAUCACUUAAUCCAAAUAUAUCAAAAAUUUCUAAUAAUGAUUGGUAUGCAGCACCCAAUAGCACAAAUUGUGCAGAGGCUUUCAAAAAUAAAAAAUCACAAAAACCAACUGAGCAUAGUUCAGAUAAAAAUAACCUUUUUUUAGAUAUGAAAGGUAAUGAAGAAACAUUGAUGAUACCAAUGGAAAAAUUGGAAUAUAAGGAAUAUAUACUUUUAAUUGAAAAAAGAAAGGAAAAAUUAAGAGAAUUACAAAUCAUCAAUACAAUCAAAGAGCGUGAACUUGAACAAGAAUAA